AUGCCAUUAAAUUAUUCGCAUAACACUACACCAGCGAUUUCCUUGGCUCUUGGGAACACCGAAUUCUUUCUGUGGACCAAUGUCGUCUUCGUCAUCUUGGUCGCGAUUACCAACGGUUUCGUGAUGGUGCUGUUCACCCGGCACGAAAAUCUACGGACUCCUUUCAUGACUUAUAUAAUCUUCCUCCUCGGAUCCAACAUUCUGGCGAACAGCGUCAUCAUGAGUCCUGUGGACGCUCUAAAACACGCCGGUGGAUAUUUCUGGAUGGGAUCCUCGGUGUGCACGUACUAUUUGUACGGAUCAAUAGUGGUGACAAGCGUCACGAGCUACUCGCAUCUUCUGAUCACCCUGAACCGGGUGUGGGCCAUCGUAUUCCCGAUUUCGUAUCGGGAAUACCAUACGCGACGCAUGUCCGUGAUAAUUUGUGUGGUGACAGUUUUCAUCCUGCACUUUGUGGCGUUACCGCUGGUACUCGUUGAUCAUUGGCUGUACCGCAUCGAUGAAGCAGUGCGAGGAUGUAACCUCAACCCCGAUGUUGGAGUCACUCGCAUUUGGGGCAUCGUGCUGUCGUUUCCCUUAUUCGUUUGCCCGUUGGUCUGUAUUCAGGCCGCAUAUCCGUUUAUCGUCUACAAGAGAAAACAAGCGACAAAAUUAGCUGUACACAUGACAGCUCGAACCGGUGACGCGAGCAGUGAAAUAGCGACCAAUCAGCGGUUUUUGCCGCGGAAACAUGGCGCAGCGUCCUCACGGGGAUUCGUGGCCUUGACCUUUAUGACCGCCAGCAUUUUAUUGUGCUGGACACCGCCAGUGGUGUACUGGACGCUUGUCGGGUUCUCGGGAUUAGAGAUAAACACUCUGCUUCUGGAUAAGUUGGGUUGGUUCAUGUACCAGGUGCAAGCACUGGUGGAUCCCGUCUUGUUCACCAUCUGCUUGACCGACCUCAGAAAAACGGCCAAGACAUACCUUUGCUUGCAGUUUUGCAGAGCAUGA